AUGUUCAGACAAUCAAUUAGACCACUAGCUUCAACUAGAAUAACCUUUGUUCGCUACAACAGCUCUCCAGCCUACACGGCUGCAGUUAGCCUGUUGAAAGGGGAUCUGAAGAAGGCCAUGAUUGCCAAGGAUGAGAUGAAGAAGACAGCAAUCAGAAGCAUGCUAUCGGCUAUCAAGAACAAAGAGAUUGAUUUGAAGGGGAAGAGCAGCGACGAGUACUCUUUAUACGAUAUGUACUCCAAGUUGAUUUCUCAAAGAAAGGACUCUAUAAAUGAAUUCAUUGCUAACAAAAGAGACGAUUUGGUAGGCAAGGAGCAAGACGAAAUGAACGUCAUUAAAAAAUACAUGGAACAAUUACCAGUUUCAUCUGAACUUGAUACCGAUCAAAAUGUGAAGAACCUGUUAGACGCCCUUAAAGAAAAGGCAGGUGACAAAAAAGUCCAAAUCAAAGAAUUGAUGGGACAAAUUGACUGGAAAUCUCUGCCAACGGAAUUUAAGACGUCGCCAACUGCCAUAAAAAAUAGCAUCGUGAAACAAUUUAAGGAAAUCUUCAAAUGA